UUUAAUUGGCUAGUUGUAAACAAAACACAAGUGCAGAUAUGCACCCGCAGAUGGUCAUUCGAGCCAAUCGAUACAUAACAAGACACAGAUGGGGGAAUGAGCAAAAUCUCUGCAGCCAUCUUCGCGAGUCGCCCGCCAGGGCGCUCUGUGGUUGCGGUGACGUUCUCCAGCCAGCAGACAAACCCUUAUACAUUUUUUAAAAUUUCAAUCCAGUUUCCUCGCUGUUUCGGCGGCUAGUGCCGCCCUUUGAUCGUCGAGCACGCUGAUUUCCAGGCGGCAGCGCGCUUUGGGCCGCCGAUCGGGGCGAUGCGGGCCGCUUGAGCUCGCGGACUCGGCCACUUGCGCUCAGUUGGUGCUCAUCCAUGGAGGACGGCGGGCCCCUGGCAUACCCCAGACAGGUCAAGCCUGGCUGGACGGCGCACGUGAACCGCGACGGCCGCCUCUACUAUUGCAAUCACCUGACGAAAACCGCGUCGUGGUUGCCGCCUGCCGACACUUACGAUGUCACUUCGGUGCUGCCCUUCGGCUGGGAGGAAGCCGUGGACAGUAAUGGACACUCGUACUUCAUCAAUCACGUCAACCAAACGACCAUCAAAGACCCACCGCCCAAAGACUGGGCACCAGAGGAGGCACCGCCAAAGCCCCGUCGGGUCACCCUCACGAGGGACGGAAAACAGGGUUUUGGAUUUGUGGCUGGUAGUGAGAAGCCUGUAAUUGUUAGAUUCGUCACUGAUAAUGGUCCCAGCGAUGGCAAGUUGCUUCCUGGAGAUCAAAUUCUUGAAAUCAAUGGUGAAGAUGUGCGAAAAGUCGCCAGGGAACACGCUAUCCAACUGAUCAGGUCUUGCCCUGAGAAGGUGGAGUUGAUAGUUUGCCAGCCACCUCUAGAUAAUUCAGCUAGAAAGUCUGCACUUUUGAGUGUAGCUAAGAAGGCAAAGCUCAGGAGCCACCCUUCCAGGGUUAGAUUUGCAGAAGGAGUCGUAGUCAAUGGAACAGUGGCUGAGAAAGGAGUGGCUUUAAUGCCAAACGUACUGAAAGUGUUCCUGGAAAACGGACAGACCAAGUCGUUCAAGUACGACGGAAGCACAACUGUCCAAGAUGUGACUGACUCCCUUCUGCAGAAACUAGGCAUUCUUGCUGGGGAACAUUUCUGUCUGGCCCUGGAGCACGUCACCGGCCGGAAAAACAAACUCACAUUGCUCCAGCCCCACCAACAUCUGGCCAAAAUUGCAGCACGGCCUGGUUCGCACAACCUGCGUUGUCUCUUCCGCGUGGUGUUUGUGCCGUCUGAGCCUGAAGCUCUUCUGCACCGCGAUCCGGUGGCUUUCGAGUACUUGUACUUACAGUGCUGUAACGACGUGGUGCAGGAGAGGUUUGCACCUGAGCUUAAAUACGAAACUGCCCUUCGUCUGGCUGCUCUGCACAUCCAGCAGCAUGCCAUGGCCAAUAACCUACAGGGAAAACUGGGAGCAAAGAAUAUUGAAAAGGAGUUUGGUCUUGAGCGGUUCGUGCCAAUCUCACUGAUGGAGUCGAUGAAACGAAAGGAGUUGCGCAAGUUGAUCGGGCACUUCCUAAAACUGUGCACAACUCAGCCCAUGUCCGACAUCCAGGCCAAACUGUACUACUUGCAUAUCAUUAGCGAUCUGCCGAGCUAUGGCGCCAAGUGCUUCUCUACCAACAUCAAAGACAUAAAUUUCCAGGAGACAAACAUGGAGACAGUAGUACUGAUAAGCCCCAAAUUUGGCAUAAGCCAAAUUGCUGGUAUGAGGAGCGCAACGCCGAUGCCUCUGGCCGACAUUCACAGCGUGCGGCACGUGUCUGUGUCCAAGCAAGACGAGUUGUCCACGCAAGUGACACUGCACCUACUUGGUGCUGACCAAAUCUGCCUGAGCUUGGAAGAAAAAGACGCAGAAGAGUUGGUGCUGGUGCUGCGAGGCUACUUCCACCUUCUCACAGGCCUGCAUUUGUCGCUAGACUGCCCGCCAGAGGAUCCCACACCAGCCUAUGAUGCAGUGCCUCCUUAUCAGGGCUUCCACCUGGUGGUGCCGGACUGGUGGAGCUACAUCGCCGCCAACAAUAAGUGCCAACUAGUCAAUUUGGCUGUUCCGCCUCCUUACCACGCAGCUGAUGGAAAAACUGUGGAUAGCAACAUGAAUAGCAUGUUGAGGAACGCAAACAAGGAGAACCGUCAGUCGAGCAGUGAAGACUCGACCUCUCCAGAAGCGAGCGAAGAGGCUCGACAGCGGCUGUCAGAGAUGCACCGGCUGGUACUGGCAUCGGAGCAGUACUUAAACGACCACGGCGACGAGAAGGAGAGCGACUCGGAAGGCUCGUCGCAGAUGAGCUCGUUGCUAGAUACAGAGCAGCCCGAGCUGAAGCACAGUGACUCGCUGCUGCUGUUGGCGCACGGCGGACACAAGGCCAACCUAGAGGAGGAGAUGAGCGCCGUGGUGCGCAGCCUCGACAUCAACGGUGACACCACCGAGAGUUCGGACACAGACUCGAUGUCGACGCCAACCAGCAGCCCGUCGCACAAUAAGGCGGGGCUCAGGCCCGGAUCUCUGCUCAAACCCAGUGACUCUAGCUUUGGACUGCACAGUCCCGACAACGUUCUGCCAAGGGCCGGCAACUCGGACAUGAAGGAAAUUCUACUUCGUCUACAGCAAGACACCAGCCUACCAUAUCACUUUGCUGAAGGCACUUUGUAUUUAGACCCAGAUAUUAUAGACCUUACCAUGAUACCUCCACCAAUUACGCCAGAUAAUUUGGCGCUAUCGUUCCUUGACUCGCCGAGCAGCCCACCGACCCCAUUCGCCGACCAGCUCCCGCCGCUGCUGCCGGGCCCGCAUCACGAGUGGGACCAGGACAUGCUGGACGAGCUACUGGACAGCAACCUGGAUCUGGACGAGUUCUUGGCCACGGUGGUGGUGCCAGCGCCGAACCAGUCGGGCAUCACGGAGCUGACCCCCGAGGAAGUGUCGGCCUAUAUCAUUCCACCUCCGCCACCACCCUCGCAGAGCAACAUUCUGGCUAGCCUCAGCCUUUACAACCCGCGAAAUCACUAUGUCAACAAUUCGGCACGGAGCAGUCUCAUUUACCGAAACAGAAACAAUAUGGUGAAAUUUGAAAAAAUUUCAACGUCGCAAGCUAAGGAAAAGAUAAACCAGCUGUCGGAGCAUUUAUUAAACUUGGCCGAGCAGUGCCGUGGCUACAUUGCAGCUGGCGGCGGCGAAAACGAGGACGUCAACCUCUACAGGGCGACGCAGACCAAAUUGUGCAACGAAGUGAGGGCACUGGUUGCCAGUAGCAAACUUCUAGUCCAAGCAGCAGCCGAGGGUCUCCGAGCGAACCUCGAAGGCACUCUGGCCAACUGCCUCAACUCGCUGAAUAAUAUCUUCAGCCUGUCGGAGGAGCUGUGCGUGAACACGGACGCGCCAUCGCACACGAUGAGCCUGAUUCUGCGCAGCCGAGACGUGUGCGAGUGCCUGGUGGCGACCAUCAACUCCAUCGACAACCCCAAGUCGACGAGCAACGUGCAGAAGUGCGCCGAAGACUUGGUCAACGCCUUAACCUCCCUGCUCAAGGGCCUCAAAGUGCUUGGCAGCUGAACGCGAGAGCAUACUGCCAAUUUGGAAAAAGGACUGAACGUAAUCAUCUAUGGGCGAUAAAAUUUAAUGUUGGUUAAUAUCGUUACGCGCAAAUGGAAAUUUUAGCUUUGAUUUCGGAUUUUAAACGAAUACAGAACCGACAAUGGGGGUUGAAUCAUCGUGGAUCGAGACCAUUUAUAACUCUACUGUAACCAAAGAUUUUAAUAUUACGACGUCAAAGAAUUGAGAUAUACAUAUAUAUAACUGUAUCUGUGUGUUCUAUUCAUCACUGUAAGAAAAAUAGAUGUCAAAAUGAUAGAUCAAAAUAAUAGCAGUAAGUGGUUAGGGCAGCAUUAUUGGUUUGCAAGUUACAGCAACUUUGACGUCCUGUUUUGGUUCUUUUAGAGGUGAUUAAUUUCGAGUCAAUAGAGCAUUUAUACAAUUUCUAUUCUUAUAAUUUUGUCUUGUGUUUCCCGUUGCCUCCUCGAAGGUUAGUUAGAAGCAAACAAAAUGCUCUCUAAUUUUUGUCAAAGUUGCUAAAUGUUAGCAUGUUUGUACUUUUUUAAAUUUUCGUGUACUCGACGCAUAUGAUUAAAAACGACUGAAUGAUAUUAAAUUGUUAGCUGCGAAGUUGUUGUUGCCCUCUACACUGUCUUUGUUACAUUGCUUUUUAUACCGCAGUACAAACGCGCACUUAAUGAUUUUACUCUGAUUGUAAUCCUAACGCACAUUCUCAGUUGCAUUUUUUCUUGGCGAAAUAAAGAGUCUCAGUAUUAAA